CGUCGAUUACGGUGAGUCCAAGUUCAAAAUUAUAUUUCUCUGGGAUGAGCCCUUUAGAUGACGAGUCUGAAUCCUGCUAGCGUGCGGUUUCCUCACGACAGCAUCCAUGACGAGUCUUUCAAAAUUUACCAUUCAUGCAUAUCUGACAUUUUUCGUUUUUCUUGUCGAUUUCUUGUAGAUGCACCUCGCUGACGAAAACUUAUUCCAGAUUCUACUAUCACAAUGCCCUCUAUUGUCGAUGAUGAUUGGUCUGAUUCUGAUGAUGAGAUUGGUGCAGAAGUAGAGACGGCAGUUUUGCUAGGCGUCCCUGAUGGCAUAAUGGAGACAGAGACUGAUAUCAAAGAUGCUGCGGUUUCUCGUAUUGGCGGGCAUCCUGCAAUACUGCCUUCGAGGGAACCGCCAUUUUCCUCAUCUCAAUGCAAGAUCUGUUCGUACCCCAUGGAAUUGCUUGUACAAGUCUGGUGCCCAGUCGAAGACAGUCCUAUGGAUAGAGCAUUGUACAUCUGGGGAUGUUCCCGGAGUGCAUGUCAGCGAAAGGACGGAAGCGUUCGUGCUUGGCGUGCUCUGAGACACAACGCAGAGUAUGCAGCAAAGCUUGCAAAAAAGUUGGCGAAGAAGCAAGCACAGCAGAAGGCUUCUUCAUCUGUAAAGACUGCACCUGCAACUAAUCCGUUCGCAAUGCAGGCAAAAUCUACUCCUGGUCCCUUUGGAUUGGGUGAUCACGUAUUUGGACAGCCAGCUCCCACAGUCGCCGCCCCCGCAAUUGAAGACGAGCCAGAGGACACGUGUGAUACGGAAAGCGUCACGUCCGAGUCUUCUGCACAUUCAUUAAUUAUUGCGAUGGCAUCAACAACGAUUGAUGAUUCACCAUGGCAAGCCGCUCCAUCAUUUCCUCCUCUGUACCUCUCAACGACCUCGGAGUAUUUGCCUCCCCCGCCCAAAACCAAAAUUUCUCAGAGUGCCCACAUAGAGGAUCCUCCUGAUGAGUAUCCUAAGGACGGAAAAGAUGUAAGCUGGGCAUUCGAACCAUACGAGAAUUCCUUGGAGGUGGACGGUGUAUUCGAUCGGUUCACGAAGCGAGUGAGCCACACAGGAGAGCAAUGUCUCAGAUAUGAACUGAAAGGGAUCCCCCUGCCUUUUUCUUCGGACAAAGUGUUCGACAGGUUAUUCCCUUUCCCUCCUCAGGACCCUCUUCCAGUGACGAAGGCUGCUUUCAAAGUCAUCCCUACCGUUAGACGUUCAUACAGCACCACAUCAAUACCUCCCUGCCCAACGUGCAAAGCGGCGCGCGUCUUCGAAUGUCAAUUGAUGCCCAACCUGAUCAACGUCCUCCGGGCCUCAGUCAAGGAUGAAGACACGCAGAAGUUGACAGACGAACAAAGGAUGAAGGUGGUACAGGAAGUGCUGCAGAAAAAGCUUUCGUCUGAUAAGCGAGGUAUGGAGUGGGGCACUUGCAUGAUUUUUUCGUGUGAGAAGGACUGCUGCCUUGAUGACUACAGUGGUGACAAGGAAUGUUGGAGAGAAGAGCUUGUUCUCGUUCAGUGGGACGACUAAAUUUAACAAAUAUUGUAUAUCCGUGGUCUUGAUUACUUUGCAACAUAUGCAUUGAUUGAUCCUACUUGUCGCCGGGUCGUUGAGGACCAUAAUUGAAUCAAUGAUCAUGAUGUUUAAGCGUGAUGGGAAUAACG